AUGGCAAGCAAAGCCGCUGCACGAGUUAGAAAGAAGGAGAUCGUUAAGGUAAUCCAUGGUGCCUUGCUGAAAACAAAUAUCAAAGCUCAAAUGGCAUCUGCGGCUCCUCCGCUUGGGCCCCAGCUUGGUCAGCGAGGGCUUAAUGUUGCAAAUUUCUGCAAAGAGUUCAACAAGGAGACGGGUCACUUCAAACAAGGCGUUCCAUUGCCGACUAGAAUAACUGUAAAGCCUGACAGAACUUAUGAUCUUGAAAUUUGUACUCCCACUACAACCUGGCUGCUCAAACAAGCAGCAGGAAUUGGAAGAGGAAAAUCUACAAAAGAUGAAAUUGUGGGAAAAUUAAGUGUCAAACAUUUGUAUGAAAUCGCCAGGGUCAAAUCUAGAGACAAAGCUUUAGUCGGAGUUCCUCUUGAGCAAAUCUGUCAGAAUCUGGUUAAAACGUGCCGAACAAUUGGAAUCGCUGUUCAGAAAGAAGACUUGGACCCAGUAGAAUUAAAAGAAUUUUUAACGCAGCGUAAAGAAAGGGUUGAUGCACAAUUAAAGGAACUUGCAGACAAGAAAGCUGCAAAAAUGCUCAGAACAACAUAA